CUGAGCUUUUGGCGUCGCAUCAGCAGCGGAUAUCUGAGCCUACGGACAAGUAACGAAGACAGCGACGCCCUUAACGCUGCGCUAGAACAGUGAUUCAACACUCCAGCGGCCGCGACGUCUUGCUGCGCCCGCUAGCUUGAAAAAACGAUCUAGGCCAAUCCCUGGCCAAAGAUCGCCCGCGGAACUGCUAACAUGGCCCGCCGCGUAUUAGCAGUGGUAGCAUGCGUCUCGAGCGCCCGCGCGCUCGUCGCGCCGGCCGUACAGCCCGCGCGCGCCGCGCCGGCGAGGACGCCCCGCGCCGCCACAACACCGAGGGCCGCGACGCUCACGGAGAUCGAAACAAAAGAGGCCCUCCCGCUGUCCUCCGUCGUCCUCGACGAGGAGGAGGAGCGCCGCCUCAAGAAGGAACGGAGAUUAGCAGCGGCGGAAACGUCCCUGGACGUCUUCGUGGUUGGCCUCUCGCACCACAAUGCGAAAGUUGAAGUGCGAGAAAAGCUCGCCAUCCCCCAGGACGAGUGGAGCGAGAGCGCCCAGGCCAUCGUCGACGACUCGAACGGCGCCAUCGCCGAGGCCGCCGUGCUCUCGACCUGUAACCGGUUCGAAGUCUAUUUUUCGGCGCGCGACGCGCGCGCGGCCUUCGCGAGCAUCUCCCAGCACUUCCAGGAGCGCUCGGGACUGCCCAUGGCCGAAUUACGCGAAAGCUUGUUCAUGCUCACCGAGUCUGAUGCGAGCGCACAUGCUCUUAGAGUAUCGGCCGGUUUGGACUCGCUCGUCGUGGGAGAGGGCCAGAUCCUCAGCCAGAUGAAGGCCUGCUACGCCAACGCCAUCGAGGGCGCCGGCGGCAAGGUCACGUCUCGCUUGCUAAACACGGCCGUCGCCGCCGGUAAAAGGGCCAGAGACGAAACCGACAUCAGCAAGGGAGCCGUGUCCAUUUCCUCGGCGGCGUACGAGUUGGCCGCCGAACGCGCUCCUCUAGAUCUGGCCGGCCUCGAGCUGGAGAACGCGCGCGUUUUGAUCGUCGGCGCCGGCAAGAUGACAAGACUGUUAUUGACGCACAUGGCCUCGCACGGCGCCGUCGGGCGCAAGUGCACGAUCCUCAACAGAUCUUAUCAGCGCGCCAAGGACAUGGCCGACGAGUACAAGGAGGGCUACGAUGUGGAUAUUGACGUCGUCGCGUCCGACGGCGAUGAUAGCGUAGCUUACCAGUUAGCCAAGGACGCGGACAUCAUCUUCACGGCGUCUUCCGCUAUUGAUUAUAUCUUCGACGCGGAGAACAUCGGGAAGCUCGAGCGGCAAGCGGGUCGCGAGAAAUUGAUGUUGGUCGACAUUGCCGUCCCGCGCAACGUCGACCCUGCUUGUGAUGACUUAGAUGACGUCCGGGCGUACGACGUCGACUCGCUGAAGGCUGUGGUAGAGAGGAAUACCGCCAAAAGGCGGCGAGAAAUUGUUGAAGCCGAGAAGCUCCUCGAGGAGGAGCAGGCCUCCUUCCGGGCCUGGAUCACGUCGCUCGGUGCCGUGCCGGCCAUCACGAAACUCCAGACGAAGGCCGAGGAUUUACGGCAAGCGGAGCUCAAAAGAGCUGAUAAAAAACUGCAGUCGCUGUCGUCGCGCGAGAUCGAGGCCGUGGAACGGCUCUCGCGCGGCAUCGUGUCGAAGCUGCUCCACGGCCCCAUGUCGUCGCUGCGCGGCGAGGGGUCGACGGACGACAAGAAGAACACGCUGUCGGCGCUCAAGAAGAUGUUCGGCGUAUGAGAAGUUGGGGGCGUAUAACAUUCGUAUAUCUAUA